AUGCCUGGCCCCGUCGCGUCGACCCGCGACCUGUUUGUAGCCCAGCCGAAGAGCAUCCAUCGAAAGCCUGUGGGCUCGGCGCAGUACGAAGCUGUUGGGGUUCAGGAUGACGAUGAGCGAGAUGAGGGGUACCAGGGCCAAGAUGGCCGUAUACGAUGCCGCCAAAACCCGACCUCGGACGAGCGCAGAGCGUUGAUGGGCGAGCCUUUCAAUUUCACAGAUAUCCGCGGACACGACGACGACUCUUUCUUGUCCCUAGAGAACGACCAUGUUUCUGCAAACUCUCAGAAGAAAGGCAGCCCUCGCGUGUCCGAGUUUUGCUAUAGCAACAGUCCAACUCCUUCGCAAUGGUCAGAAGAGUCGCGGCCUCGCAUGUGGAACCCAGUGUGGUUGAGGAAGACGGUGCUCGUCAUCUUUGCAGUGUGUUUUCUCGCCAUGCUUUUGACGACGGCUCUACUCUACCACUUCUCCGUCCAAAAUCGUGGGUUGAGCGCUCAGCAGGAAGUCAACCACUAUGGCUGGAAGUACGGGCCCACAGCCGUCCUCGUAGUCGUUGCUGCCUUGUGGCGACAAGUAGACCACGCCAACAAGAUCUUGAUGCCGUGGAAAGAACUACGAAGCGGCCUGUCUGCUAUACACAAGACGCUUCUCCUGGACUAUGUCUCGCCACUUGUGACAAACAGCUUAUGGAAAGCAAUCAAAAACCGCCAUUGGGCUGUCGUUAGUAGCAUUGUUGGCUGGGCUUUGAUUCUUCUGACGACCGUGUUCUCUACGGGUUUACUCAUCCUCGAGACGACAGAAGUCACAAAAGACAAUGUCGAGAUUGUAAUGACGACGAGCUUCGACGCCGACGGGUUCGAUCUGACCACUGUAGGACCGGGCCCAGCCCAGGUAUACUACGCCAUCAACUUCCAAAACUUGCCCUAUCCAUCCGGGACAUCGGAAGACAUGGUCAUCCCCCAGCUCAAUGCCCUGGGAAAUGGUCGUCCUGACGCCAAUUUCACUGCCACAACGCCGGGUGCCAAGAUUGGGUUCAGCUGCGAGACUCUUCCCAUACAGAAUGCGACCCAAACCUCGCUGCCAUGGUUCAGCAUCAAUGGCGGCUUCUGGGUGGUUAACGUCACCACCCCCGAGUGCAACAUCACCCGCGCCAUCGUUGCCGCCGGCCCAGACCACAAUAUCUACGCGCAGCGAAACGCCACCCAAAAUUACCAAGCAUGGUAUCAGGACUAUACCUGCAAUAAUGAUGUGGAUUGGAGCGCGCCGCUGAACCCUCCUUUGACGAAAUAUACCACCGAGCAACUGACCAAUACCAGCCUUCCGCACCGGAUGCUGUUCACAGUGGCGGAUCUGCGAUUUUCUCCCAUGGACACGAGGCUCAACGGGCCCGCAUUCAUCUACAUGGAGAAAAUGGUGGCGGUCAUGUGUCAGUACAAUUACACUAUGAGCAAUUAUGAGGUCAAAUCGACCACCCUUGCCGGUGCCAAAUCGGAGGCUGUCCUGCAGAGUGCCAACCGAGAGACGAACGCGACUGAUAGUAUCGCCGGCUUUCCGAAUGGCUAUCUUGGUAUCUCAGUUGGUACUGCUGCGGAAACGACCAAGAUUGGCGACGGAGGGGUAGACUAUGUCUUGUCGACAUCCGUUCCAACAUUCUUUCUGAUGAUGAAGAUGAAGCGGGGUUUGUCCACUAUAGGAUCUUUCAUGGAUCCAGAACUCCUGAUUUCCGCCGCAUCUGAAGUGUUCAAGGGUGUAGGCGCUCAGGUGCUGUCUCAGACGUCCCUGAAGCCUACCAAUACGACAACACAGGGAUCCAUCACGUACCUGGAGAACCGCCUGCAUGUCAAAGGCCUGUCGACAGCUUUGAUGUGUUCCUUUUUGGGCAUUCUCACACUCAUCAGCAUUGGCAUGAUCUUCCUUCGGCCUCAGAAUGUUGCACCGAGAGAACCGGGAUCGAUCGCAGCAAGUGUAACAAUACUGGCGGCUAGUCCAGAUCUGACCGAGCUAUUCACUGGCCUGGGAUCAGCACGCACAAGCUUGAUUCGAGAAAGACUAUCCGGGCUUCUGUUCAAGGCGUCGCUGCAACCUGGGCCUGAGAUCACAUAUACAAUUGAGCCUAGCUGCGGUCAACUGGAGCCUUCACGUGGCGGAAUGCCAAGGGAAAACCAGUCGAUCUGUUGGUGGCGCCCCUUGGCGGGGGCUCCAUGGUUCCUAGCACUCAGUGUUUGUUUACCCUUGAUGGCUGUGGCGUCGUUGGAAGUUAUCCAGCGCCUGUCAGACGAUCGAGAUGGGUUCUUGGAGGUGGGCACGAAGACCUCCACCGUCUUGGCCACAUACAUACCUGCUGCCGUGGCCAUUUCCUUGGCCGGCAUGUACUCAAGUUUCGAGGCAAUGGCUGCCAUUUUUGCGCCAUUUGCUGCGCUCAAGAAGCGAAACGCCAUUGCCAGUCGCUCUGUGUUCUUGAAUCUCACCGGCAAGAUGGCACCUCACGCCAUAUGGGAUUCUAUGCGGUCACGCCAUUUCGGCGUCACUGCCAUUCUCGUGGCCAACAUUAUGGCUGGAUUCUUGACCAUUGUAGUCUCGGGCCUCUAUAGCGUCUUGGCCGUGCAGCAGGUCGAAGGCGUUGCUCUGCAGCAAAUGGACACGUUCCGACUCGACCAGACCAAUCUGUGGGCCGAAGAUAAUCAGGCAACUGCAAUUACAUCACUGAUCGAAUACGUCAACCUCCCAGAUCCCAAAUGGACGUCAGGUGACCUGGUUCUCAAUGAGAUGAAGCCACUGGGUCUCCGCAAUGAGACCAUCGCGAACGGUCAGGUUCCACUGUCAGCUAAGAUGACGGGGAUCCGGGGCAACUUGAAUUGCUCCGUGAUACCUGCCAAGCAACGGGAAGUUAGGCCGCUGGUGUUUGAUAGAGACACUCUGCAGGUUCGUCUAGGCGGAAUGGGCAGCCCGGUGAACAUCAAUAACGAAACUGUCCUGCUUGCCAUAAAUACCACCCUGCCAUGGAUGUGUGGACGCAGGACGACGAACGUGACGUCUAAGACGUGGAUGCAAUACUUUCAAGUCCCAAGCUUGGGGCAACCGGUAUACCUCGGAAAGGCCUCAAUCAUGAUAUGGAGUGCUUUGAACUCGAGUCUCGUCUACGGCGACGGAGCAAUCAACACGAGCCCAUCCGCCGGCAAUGGUUUCCCGACGACGGACUUUAACCUCGGGGGAAUGGGCUGUCCUACGGUGGCGGUGACAAUUGGAACCGCGAGGGCCGUCCCCAAGAAGGAAAAGUACAGGAAUACGACGAGGACCAGCUACGACGUCGAAAGCGACCUGGCAACAAUCGUAUGCCACCAGAACAUUGAAGAGGUCGAAACCAACGUCACGUUCAACGCCCCGGACAUGACGCUCAGCAAGACAUUGCCGCCGGUGGUGGACGAGUCGACGAAGCAGCUUCUGCGGGCGCCAGAAUCAGACACGACGUCCUUUAAGUUCUCCCUGAAUGGCUUCUUCUUGGAUCUUGCCAGCUCGGCCCGGAACGCGACGAUUCAGGGACCAAACGGGACUGAUAUGCAGAACUACUCCAGCCUCAUUGACCCAUUUACGCGGGCACUCGUCCUGGGUAGGAACGGGCGGCCGAUCGAGGAGCUAGCAGGGGAGAGAAAUUCCCAAAAUCUCGUGGAGGCUUCCAAUGGGCUUUACAAGACGUACAUUGCGCAAGCUAUCGCGGCCAACAUGCGCAAUACCACGACCGGCACGGGAUCGAGCCGUCUGCCCACGUCCCAAGGCCUCCUGGUGUCGCAGAAUGCGCGACGGCUGCACCAAAAUGCGGGGCCUAAGAUUGCCCUGCAGGCGAUGCUGGGCGUCAUGGCGAUGUGUAUCGUCGUCUCCCGGCUGUUGAUUGACGUGAACGGGGUGCUGCCGCAUGACCCUUGCUCGAUCGCGGGGACGGCGACGAUGCUUGCUGGGAGCGAGAUGGCGACGAGGAGGGUAGUGCCGGAGGGGGCGGAGUGGAGGGGUGACGGGGAGCUUGGUCGGGCUGGGGUGUUUGGCGGCGCGAUGAGGUUUGGGAUUGGGUGGUGGCGGGACGGAGGCAAUAUGAGGUUUGGGAUUGAUGUUGAGGAAGAGAAGGCGUAA